CAUCAUCUCAGAGGUGAGGGGCAUCAUCCACAGUAGUCAUGCUCAGGUUCCGUUAUAACAGCGUUCUUUUCCUGAUUGGCCUCCUUACAACUGGCCAUACGGAGUCUAAGACACUGAGGCGGUUUGCUAGAGACCUUACGUUAGAUACAGAUACUGUUCCUGAAGAAGAAAUCACCUUUGAAAAUAUCGCACGUGUUCUUGUGGAAUUCUUCGCGAAAAUGGGAAAGAGAUCAACAGAAAACGCAAUUCCUCGCAUACACAUCUGCAAAUUUAACAAUUUUGAUCUAAAUGGCGACAAUACUGUUACCAAAGAGGACUUUGCCAUCCUGAUACAAAGCACAGGGCUGGUGCAAUUGGAGGAACUGUUUGAUAAACUAGAUCAGAAUGAUGAUGAAAUCCUGACACAGGAGGAAUAUAAUGUCUUCCAUGACUACGCUUGUACUGGAAACGGGAAAGAAACAAGCAAGAUUGUAAAUCAGAUGUGAAGGGUGACAAGAACUAAAUGGAACUUAAGGAUUGUGAAAGUUCAAGAAAAACAUAAUUCUUUAAUAUAAUUUAAACCAAAGUAUGUACUGGGUAUGUAUUAUCUUUCAAAAACCAGAACGCACAUGGACACACAUGUUUUGCUUUUGUGAUCCUUGAGAGACACUGAAAAAUCAUUAUUCAAUACAAGAACUACUCUUAUAAAAUUAUAUCAUUGCUUUCUCGUUAUUUUUCUAUUUCAUUUUGUAUUCAAUGUAUUCAUUUAAAUUUCAAAUAAAAAAAUAAUUCCAUA